UGUUGCAGACGCUCUUGCUCCGCGCGCGCUAUGACCCUCUUGCCUCUACCGUUUCUUCUUGCCAAGAACGACUACCGCGCCGUGAGAGGCACCGCGAGCCACGGCAACUCCGGCGAGGAUUUCGACGCGAUCAGUUGCAUUUGCUAGCCGGUAGACAUCCCUAGCGCGAGAGGCGCGUCCCAUCCUGUCCGAGAGAGAGAGGGACCCGCUUUCGAUCUCUUAAGCACGCGUCAAGUUCUCUCUUCAAACUUGUGCCCCGGCAUCGAGUAUCUCGUUGUGAUUAUCGUCUCGGUCUAUCCAUCUAAUUGUCAAAGAAACCAUCGCCUCCAUUCAUCCCCUCUUUCCGCGGAGAUCGUGGCCGAUAAUCAAUCCACCUGUUAGCCGUCAAUGAGAAUAUAGGAAGAACACGAUGGAGGACACGGAAGAUUUGAGGACGACUGUGGAGCUAUACAUUUACGAUCUUACUAAGGGUAUGGCCGCUAUGAUGUCGCCGAUACUCAUAGGUCGUCAGUUGGAUGGCAUAUGGCACACGGCAAUAGUUGCGUAUGGGAGAGAGUAUUUCUUCGGUCCCGCCGGCAUCCACAGCAUCCGGCCUGGUGGUACAGAAUUAGGGGAACCGCAGAGAAUCGAGAAGCUCGGUGAGACUUACCUGCCCUACUCGGUCUUCCUGGAAUACAUAAACGGCCUGGGAACCUCCACGUUCGCAGCGGGCACGUACAACAUCUUCAAACACAACUGUAAUUGCUUUACCGAGGAGGUCAGCAAUUUCUUAGUGGGCAAAGGCAUUCCCAAAUUUAUCCUUGAUUUACCGGAAGAAAUACUGCAAACACCCAUCGGGCAGGCCUUAGGUCCACUGAUAGAAACAUUAAGUAAUAGCGCGAGUGCUGGAUUUACGGUCGGCCAUAGAUUUGUUGAGGCGAGAAUCCAGAGAGAAACUUCGCCGGAAUAUCAGCUCCUAAAUACAGCCAUCGACGAAGCCAGUUUGGUUUCGCGUUCGUGUAGAUUGAAUUCGAUCGCGUUGGAGGAACGGAGGAACGUGAUUAACGACAAACUAGCAAAGAAAGACCGGAAGAAGAAAAAGAAGAAGAAGGAAAAGAAGGAGAAGAGCAGCAGAGAGACCACUGGCAGCGACAGCAACAGUACCGGACCGAGCAAUUGCUGCGCAGAUAUGGCGGAAAAUGAGAAUGCAGCUGGUGAGAUGCAGCAGCAGACGGCUAAUGGAGAAAGCGCAGAGAUGCUGCCGUCCGAGCGAGUGAUGCAGAUGGAGGAAGACGAGAAACGUGAGCAAGAGGAGAGGAAACGUCAUCGAGAUCCACCAAUAGUGUUCAAAGAUUUGGUGAAUAUACAGGCGGAGUACGAAGGUUUAGCAAACGCCCUCGAGGGAAAGUUGAAUGAUGAAGAGCGAACGUGCAUGGACGAAUUGCGGCAAUAUGUCCUGGAGAAUGAAGGCUCCUGGGCUCUGGGCGAUAACUUUUUGAAUUUCGUAGGCCGAGUUCUUUAUGAUAAAUCGCUGGACAGCGAUGCACGAGUGAAACUAUUAAACGUGCUGUCCGUCGCUGCUCUGAAGGAUGAUGUGAUUCUGCUGCUGCACCAAGACAGGCGAGAACACAUCAUCAUGAAUUAUGCCUUCGAUAUCGAUCGGCAUCCGCAGGAAGAACAGCUUCCACUGGCACAAUUCUUAGCGAAUAUGUUUGAGAACCUGAGCAGCUCGGAGUGGUUGCUUUACAUAUCCGAGUGGCAGCAUCAGAAUCAGGGUAUCAGCAACAUAAGGGUGACGACGAAAGUUGCGGUGCACUCGCUGCUCUCGAACGAGGAGGAUCUGCAGAUCCGCGGCGCGGCCAUCAUCCACAACCUCGCCUGCAAGGAGAAAAUGAACAAAAGCAAAAAUCUGCGGCGACUUUUACCGAAAGGCAGCAUUUCUAAGGUGUUCGACGAUGUUGCCGUGGAGCUGACGAUGGCAUUGCUCCAAUACUUCAACGGCAGUCCCGCGGAGGAGCAACUGUACGCGUGCAUGAAGUCGCUGGCGCGUUUCACGCAGAUCAGCGGCCAGGAGGUGCCGCAGCUCAUACAGAUGAUCGGGCCUGAACCGAACAAAUUCAGAGGUACCUCCCAGAGGAUCGACGAACAGAUCGACCAGGUCAACCAGAAGCUACGUUAAAUGUCCGUCGGCCGUCCAUGAAAAGUUUCGUGUUCCAACCGCGCGGCGAAAUCGAAGGCACUUCUGCAAUAUGUAAAAUGGAUUUUUACUUAGAGAUUCUAUUGAGACAGCGAUAUGUAUUAUUAUUAUUAUUAUUAUUAAUUAUUGUUGUUACACAUAUACAUUUUAAUAUAUUAUUAUAUAUACAUUAUUAUUAUUAUGCAUAACGUGUGAGGCGCCGCGACACUGCGCUUUCUCAAUCUUCUUUUCACUUUUCUAUUUUCAACGCACUCUUUCUUUUUUGUAAAGACUUUGUGCUAAAGACAGCGCUUUGCCAUUUCUCAUGCAGCACCGACGGAAUGAAGCAUGUCACUUGUGGCGCGAUGACACACGCUAGAUAGCCGUGCGCCAUGUGCGCGAGUCUAUCAUCCCGAUAUCAUUCCGAGCGGUGAAUAUGGUGUGAUGAAAUCUCGCAAUUAGCUGUAUCGAAUAACACUGUAGCAAUAGCGUAUCGCGAGCGCUAUGCACGCCACACUCCACUAAUUGUAUAUUCUCUAUAUUCGAAAUUGAGCGUCGCGCGAAGACGCAAUAAAAAUCUUGGCGAACGA